AUGGACGGUGAAGUGAAGGUGAUCAAUCAGCAGGAUUCAAAAGCAAAAAUCAGGUACCUCUUUCUCUUCGACAAAACGCUGCUAUUGUGCAAACCAAAAGGUGACAGUUUCACCUUCAUUAUAGCCUAUCACAUCACUAACGGUCCCUAUCAGGAAGUACAAAUGCCCAUGAGAAAAGGCGAGAAGUAUUCGUUCGGAUUCACCUUACCCAUUUCCCACAGUCGAACAGCGGUGAACAUGAUUUUCUUCACCAAAUCUGCCGAGCUACGACAGAGAUGGCUGCAAGCUAUUCAAACGUCCAUCUCCAACCUCUAUCCUCCAGGAGCAAAGGACAAAGGGUACAAUUUUGAAAUGCACACAUUCCCUCAUCCCACCUACUGCUGUGUAUGCAAUAAGUUGCUGCAAGGAAUAUUCUUCCAAGGCUAUCGUUGUAGAGACACGGGUCUCGCGGCGCACAAAGCUUGUUUGGCUAUGAACAACCUGCCGCCUCGUACUGGCACCACGAACCCAUCCGGAACCUUACAAUUAAACGGCAUUCAUCCUAUCGCUCCCCAGCCCCCACCUCUGCCUCCUUCUCAGUCUGGCACUUACCGUGGCCGACACUUUCAAUCUGGUCCUGGUCUCACUUCUUCCGCGUCUGCUGCAGUAUUGGGCAUGUCUUCCACCCUAAACCACCCAUGCACUCCUUCGCCAUUCCAUCACUCUAAUUCCAACGAUCUCUCCCACUUCUCGGAGGCGUUGUCGUUUAUGAAUCACUGCUUCGCCACCGAUGCCCCACAAUAUCAGCAGCAGUGCCGUCGCACUGCCUCAUCGCUUGCUGGAGGCCACUCAGCACAUCCUGCCCAGCCAUCUUUUUCGGUCACCGUUCGAAAGGCUUAUCCUUACGAUCCGCAGACGCACAUGGUCGAUUUCUCGCUUUCCUUGCAGCCGGGGGACCGGGUAGAGGUGUUAAAUUGGUCAGACGACGGCGCCUGGUGCAGAGGCAGAUGCCGUGGUAAUGAAGGCUGGUUUCCGGCACACAUAUUGGAGCCGCUAUCGAUGAGGCCGUACCGGGCAACCACAGAUCUUGGCCAGAUGAAUCGCUACUCCACACAACUUCCACCUCCUUCUCCGCCUUCUGCAGCCGUAACCAACCCUUCUGCAUUCAGCAGUCGUCUCUCACUGUUGCAGCAUCGACACAGUCUGUCUAACGAUGGUUGUGAUUCAAACGGAUUGCAUUUGAAGCAAGAUUCAUGGGUCACAUUUGACAGCGAAGUCGCUCCCUCCGCUUUGGAUUCCGUCGAAUCUAGCGAAACUCCCCGAAGCGAUUGGUACGUAGGAGAAAUGGAUCGGGCCGAAGCAGUCACUCUAUUGAGCAAUUGUCCUGAUGGCACCUUCUUGGUUAGGGUAUCCAAGAGCGUAGAGCGGUGUGGAGAGUACUCUCUUUCACUCACCUACGGAUAUCCUCGACAUAUUCGGAUUCAGCGUGUGCCAUCGGCCGACGGCUCUUCAUUUAUGUAUGGUCUCUGCGAGUCAGAGCACUUUCCUAGUAUUGCGUCGAUGGUUGAACAUUAUUCCAAAGUAUCUCUCAAUCGAUGUUUCGACGAAGUGGAUACUAAACUACUCUAUCCCUACAAACGUUGUCCCGCCUCUGUGUUGUUCUUCGUGCGAGCCAACUUUGAUUUCGACAGCGAUUCCAACCCCCGGUUGUUGAGUCUGAAGCGCGACGAUCGCAUUGCUGUCCUCAGCCGCGCUGCCGAAGAUCGCGGAUGGUGGAAAGGAUGGCUUCACGGACAUAUCGGAUUCUUCCCCAUGUCUUACGUCGGACGCGAUUAA